UUACAGACAGUCGAAAACAAAUUAUAGGACUUAUGAAGGAGUACAAUCAACAUCAGAUAUUUUUGUCUUUACAGACUCCCAAUCAACUCUGCAAGUACUUAAAAGCAGCACCUAAAAACAGCCCAAGAGAGUUGACAACACUGUGAUAAUCCAUCAGAUGAUGCCAAAAUUAAAUAUCAAUAUCACACUACAGUGGAUCCUUGGACACAUUGGCAUCAUGGGAAAUGAAAAGGCAGACAAACUAUCAAAGGCAGGAUAAUCUAUGGAACAACCAGAUAGACCUGUUAACGACCUCACCCUAAGGUCAAAGUUAAUCAACAACCACAAAGAGGAGUGGCUCAACCAAUGGGCAACAGGAAACACAGGCAGAGUCAUCCACAAAGAAAUGACUAUGCCUAACAAACUGGACAGUAUUAACUUUCUCCCUCGCAAAGAGCAAUCUACAAUCUUCCAACUAAGAACAUGACACACAGCUCUGUUAAAUUACCAUCUUAACAAAAUAAAUUCCAUACAACUCCCUCUUUGUAGACACUGCGCCCACCCUUAUGAAACCGUAAACAAUAUAAUCUUUGAAUGCCCAUUCCUAAUCCAUCUUAGGCAGACCCUACUACCACUACAGCCCAACAUAACCAACACCCUGUAUGGUAGUGCUGGACAACUGAAGAAAACGGCACACAAUUUUUCCUUGGCACAGUCUGCAAAAGAGCUGACAGCUCAGCAGAAAAAGGGGGCUAGAAGAAUGUUUGGUUAUGUCCUCUAAAAAAAAAUCAGACACAAGGUCAUAUAUCAUUCAGUAACGUUUUUCUACUAUUUCUGAAUGUCAAUAAUGCUGUUGAAUUCCUGAUGCUUUUAUAUGCAGGUUCUCGAAAUUAAUAUGUGUAUAUUGAGUAGAUAAACAUUGAAAAUGCUUGCUUUUAACAAUAUUUUCUAUUUAAAGAGAAAAAUUUUAUAAAAAAAUAAAAAGACUUCGGCCUUCAUUUUCCCCCUGUGGGCCCCGUUAAAGUAUAAUUGAAUAGGACAGUAAUAAGGGAACCUAGAGUGCAUUUUUAGCAAAGCGUAGGCCCAAAUUAUCUAUUAUUGAUUAGAAGAAAUUCCGACAAUCAAUAAAUCGAUAUUUUAACUUUAUUUUGCUAGAUCUAGUUUAGCCUUCACCACCACAAAUAUUUUUUACUUGUUUCCUUAUAUAACUUGUCAUGGGACUAGCUACUGAAUGACAGAAAACGUCAUCGUAUUAUGUUGAACGACAAGUAUUGAUUUCGUCAUCAAUAAACGGUAAUGCUAAAAAUAGAGUAUUAUCAGAUUCUUAUAUUUACACCUUAACGACCACACACACGUCCGGGCAGUUUUACACACAUACAACCAACCAAAGACACACUCUCUCAUUUCUGCGUGCAGAAAGUUUGUGUUGACAAAGAACGAUGGGUGUGAAAAGAUCAAGGCUUGCUUGAACUCAAGUGUCUCAAUAAGUAUGUGGAAGUCUGUUUUUCUAGGACUGUGGCUUAUCAUUGUAUUUGCCCAACGUGUUAGAAGUAAAACUUGUGACUCAAGCUCUGACAGCUAUACAGAGUUAGAGUGUAGUGAUGACUGCUGUGGGGAUGAAAACGUGAUCUAUUGCUGCAGUUCCACUUCAACUACUGCCAUUGUUAUUGGUACUCUGGUACCCUCUGUGAUUGGAGGCAUGUUUUUUAUCAUUGGUAUCUGCUAUUAUAAAAAGUUGUAUUGCUUCAGAAAUCGCAUAGUGCAUCCUGAAAGAGCGAGUAGUACAUCUACAAUAGGUACCCAAGUCCGUCCCAUCACUCCAACAGAUAAUCCGGCACAUCAAUCUUAUCUCAUUGUUUCGAACGGUACAGGUGAAGAGUGGCAGAUGCCUACACUAAAAUAUCAAGACCCUGCAUAUCCUGGAAAGGAGCCAGCUAUUUCGUAUCCAGCCCCAUCCUACGAAGAAGUUGUUCAGCUUCAAGAGAAACCAACGGUCACGUCCUGACAUACAUUUGUUUAGAUGGUUUCUUUCGUUAGAGAUUGAAUCACGUGUUCAAAUGAUUGUUUGUACCACUAGAGAUUGAAUCACGUGUUCAAAUGAUUGUUUGUACCACUAGAGAUUGAAUCACGUGUUCAAAUGAUUGUUUGUACCAAUAGAGAUUGAAUCACGUGUUCAAAUGAUUGUUUGUACCAAUAGAGAUUGAAUCACGUGUUCAAAUGAUUGUUUGUACCAAUAGAGAUUGAAUCACGUGUUCAAAUGAUUGUUUGUACCACUAGAGAUUGAAUCACGUGUUCAAAUGAUUGUUUGUACCACUAGAGAUUGAAAAUAUGUGUGUACAUAAUUGUUGUUAUUGAUAAAUCCAGAGAUUAAAAGUGUAUGCACAAAAUGAUAGCUUGAGCGUAGUUUUGAAA